AUGGCUCCACGCGUGGUGGGCUUGGCUGCGGCCGUGCUGGGCGUCGCAGCCGUGACCUUCGUGGCCCCCAGCACUUCCGGUGCACGCCGCCUCCGCACUCCAGUGGCACAGCCUGCUGCGAGCUUCGGAACAUCAGCAGAGAGCAACAGCCUUUAUGGCAUUUGCUCCGCUGUGGGCGGUGUUGCUUUGCUGGCAGCCGGAGCUGCUGUGAUCAGACGUGCGGAGAGCAAGGAGCUCACUAUUGAGGCCAUUCCUCGCCCAGAGGACCUUCUUGAUUCUCCCAAGUUCCCAAUGUUUGAGGGCGGCACUGGUGGCUACAUGUCGAGGUCCACCCGCGAGCGUCAUGCCAUCACAUGGACUUCCAAGGAGCAGAUCAAGUUUGAGAUGCCAACUGGAGGUUAUGCCAUCAUGAACAAGGGUGAGAACUUGUGCUACUUCAGGAAGAAGGAGCAGUGCAUUGCUUUGGGCAAGCAGCUGCGAAAGAUGAAGAUUGAGAACUACAAGAUCUACCGCUUGAAGAAGGAUGGCACUGUGAUCUUCAUGCAUCCAGCCGAUGGUGUGUUCCCAGAGAAGGUGAACAAGGGUCGUGUGCAGGUGAACGGCCGACCUUUCACCAUCAGGAGCAACCCUCAGCAGUCUGAGCUGAAGUGGACGAAGUAUCACAUGAAGUCCUACGAAGCAGAUCCAUUGACUACUCUCUUCAUCAAGGCCCGCUGCAUGGCCUUCGUGGAUGUCCCCAACCUCUUCGCGCUGCCACAGCCAAACAUGGACGAGCUGGUGCCAGUGGAGGAGGUGGACAAGUACACCAAGCAGGAGUACACCACGAGGCUUAUGGAGGCCUUGAAGAGGGUCCAGGACGACCGAAAGGAAAAGGAGGCCAAGAGCCCCAGCUGGCACGUGCAUCGGGUCUUCCACAAUAUAGUCAUGGCUCCACGCGUGGUGGGCUUGGCUGCGGCCGUGCUGGGCGUUGCAGCCGUGACCUUCGUGGCCCCCAGCACUUCUGGUGCACGCCGCCUCCGCACUCCAGUGGCACAGCCUGCUGCGAGCUUCGGAACAUCAGCAGAGAGCAACAGCCUUUAUGGCAUUUGCUCCGCUGUGGGCGGUGUUGCUUUGCUGGCAGCCGGAGCUGCUGUGAUCAGACGUGCGGAGAGCAAGGAGCUCACUAUUGAGGCCAUUCCUCGCCCAGAGGACCUUCUUGAUUCUCCCAAGUUCCCAAUGUUUGAGGGCGGCACUGGUGGCUACAUGUCGAGGUCCACCCGCGAGCGUCAUGCCAUCACAUGGACUUCCAAGGAGCAGAUCAAGUUUGAGAUGCCAACUGGAGGUUAUGCCAUCAUGAACAAGGGUGAGAACUUGUGCUACUUCAGGAAGAAGGAGCAGUGCAUUGCUUUGGGCAAGCAGCUGCGAAAGAUGAAGAUUGAGAACUACAAGAUCUACCGCUUGAAGAAGGAUGGCACUGUGAUCUUCAUGCAUCCAGCCGAUGGUGUGUUCCCAGAGAAGGUGAACAAGGGUCGUGUGCAGGUGAACGGCCGACCUUUCACCAUCAGGAGCAACCCUCAGCAGUCUGAGCUGAAGUGGACGAAGUAUCACAUGAAGUCCUACGAAGCAGAUCCAUUGACUACUCUCUUCAUCAAGGCCCGCUGCAUGGCCUUCGUGGAUGUCCCCAACCUCUUCGCGCUGCCACAGCCAAACAUGGACGAGCUGGUGCCAGUGGAGGAGGUGGACAAGUACACCAAGCAGGAGUACACCACGAGGCUUAUGGAGGCUUUGAAGAGGGUCCAAGACGACCGAAAGGAGAAAGAGGCCAAGAGCCUCUAGGGUUAGAUGAGGGCUGAGUCCGUAGCCAUGGUGUAAAGCAGCCAAAGAAACACGUUGAAUCCAAUAAACAGUAAGGCGA